AGUUGACAGGUUCCUCAAACUGUGAGUCCACAACAUUCCCAAGACAUCGUUAACUUCAAGAAACAAAGACGUCUUGUGGUGAAGAAUGUUAAUAUCUUUAUAUUUGCAUCUUAUAUGCACAGUUUAAUGUGUUGAUUAGCACAGUGGAAGCUGGUGAACGCAACUGUGACCAUGAAGAGAGUUAUACUCUUCCGAAAUGGGUCGGGAGUCGAUGGCAAGGUGUUGUUAGUGACUCAUUCGCUUGAGGAAGUGCUAGCAGGGGCAUCACAGAAACUUGGCAUCCGCGCAACUCAUCUGUACACACCUCAAGGAGGACUUAUAGAUGACAUUAGACUAAUUAGAGAUGAUGAUAUAUUAUACGUCUCAGAAGGGGAAGACUUUGUUUUACCUGCACAACCUAGCCCUGGAGUUAGACCUCGUGGUUAUGUUGGCGCGGGUACAAAUAAUGUAUCUGUAGCGGGUCCAGUAUCUUCUUGUGAAAAUGUUUCUUCCACACAUGAUUGGGUAACACUUAAUGUAGGAGGCCAAAUUUUCUCCACAACUCGGGCAACUCUAGUCACCAAAGAACCAAACUCUAUGUUAGCAAAAAUGUUUGAUUGUGAAGAUUCCAGUUUACCACCAAGCAACAGAGACGCGCAUGGAGCGUACCUGAUUGAUCGUUCUUACACAUAUUUUGAACCUCUGUUAAAUUACCUUCGAAAUGGGACAUUGAUCCUAGAUCCUGGGAUAAAUCCAGAAGGAGUGUUAGAAGAAGCAAAGUUUUUUGGCUUAACCUCAGCAGUACCUGUUUUAGAAGAACUGAUCAAUUCAAGAGAUUACAAACGAGAACUUGAACCAUUGACCAGAAGAGACAUAGUUAAAGCCCUCUUAAGUACUCAUCAUCGGGAUGAACUACGUUUUCAGGGGGUCAACCUACAGGGUGCAGAUUUGUCAAAGUUAGACCUUAGGAACAUUAACUUUAAAUUUGCAGACCUCUCCCACUGUAAUCUUUCUGGAGCAAAUAUGAAUGGUUGCUGUCUUGAACGGGCUAAUCUCCGUGGUGCUAAUUUGGAAGGGGCACAGCUGCUCAAUGUGCGCCUGUUGUGUGCAAAUUUAGAGAAUGCUAAUCUUCGCUCUUGUAACUUUGAAGAUCCAGCUGGAACAAGAUCUUAUUGUGAAGGUGUAAACCUGAGGGGUGCUGUAUUAGAAGGCAGCAUGCUUGCUGGUGUAAAUCUCAGAGUUGCAACAUUGAAGAAUGCCAACCUUAAGAACUGUGAUUUACGGGCAGCUGUAUUAGCGGGUGCUGAUUUAGAGAAUUGUGAUUUGUCUGGAAGUGAUUUGCAAGAGGCCAAUUUACGAGGUGCUAACCUAAAGGAUGCUGCUUUUGAAUUAAUGCUUACUCCUCUUCACAUGUCUCAGACCAUGACAUGUGACCUUUAAUCACAUUAUGGUUUUUGAAGUCGUCGAGAAGUAGAAAGUUUCUCACUGCAGGUGACAGCAUUAGUGGAUACAGGGAUUAGUGUAUGAUGCCACAACUACUUAGACCCACACCACUUAGAUGAAAAUGAAGAAAAUGAUGGUUUAUGAACUACUAAACGGUAAUUGUACCAUGUUAAAUGCUCAAGACUUGUGUUGAUAUCAUGUGACAGUAGUACUUCAGUGUUGACAGAUUUUCUAAGACAAUUUGUUUUUUUCAUAGCCACAAACCUUUGGUUUUAACAAUAGGAUAGUACAAUGUUAAGACCUCAGGUUAUACGUGAACAAACCUUCAGUCUUAACAAUAGGAUUUAACUGGAUCCAGCUCCUAUUGUAAGACCAAAUGUUUGUUCGGGUAUGAACAAAUGACAAAUUUUCUAAGACAAUUUGUAUUUUUCAUAGCUACAAACCUGAAGUCUUAACAUUGUAUCCUAUUGUUAAGACCUCAGGUUUGUAGCUAUGAAAAAUACAAAUUGUCUUAGAAGAUUUGUCAUUUAAUUCUCAGUAAAUAAUAUAAAAUUUUGUAUACUGAAAACAGUUUCUAGUGCAUGAGAAGUCUCAUGUUGAUGUUUCAAUUAACUAUUUACCUUACGAUUAACAGGGUAAACAGUCUUUAAUCUGUUGGUGCUCAUUUUUCACAUAUUUAUGAUUUUGUACCUUUGUAUAGCUUUUGUAGAUAACUUUUGCCUAUAAAAGAUACAGACCUCUUGAAUUAACUAAUGCACAUUUGCCCACUAUGAUGCAGUCACCCAAGAGUUUAGUACUCGGCAGAUGGAAGAAGUCUUGAAUCAUCUGAUUAGGUGAUUAUACCUCAAUAAUCUUACAAAGUACUACUCUGAUACACAAAUGCCCUCACUACCUCGGCUUUGUUAGAUGCAAGUGAGUAUUAGCUAUUCUCUUUCUUUUCCCUCUCUCAAUGUUACUUCUUUAGAUAAAGCCAGUACAGUAUAUGUAAAUUCAGUAUAGUAAUUUUUUGUAUGUAUUGGGAUUGUAUUUAGUAUGAUGGCAGUUGUCAGUACACUUGGGCUAAAAGUAUACGCAGGGGUAGUCAUUGCAUUUGUGUGCAUGUCAAAGAUGUUGCCAUCUUUUAAGAUACACACACUUGCGUAAGUUGAAGAUGCUUCUUAUUUUAAAUACUGUGACUCAAGUUCAUGAUGCAUCUUGAUAAAUGCUGUAACUUGAACAGUUAUCAUACCAUGAAAAAGACAAUUGUGUAGAUAUUUAUUUGUGAUAACUUUUUUUCCCUUCCAAGUCAUUAAGGGUAGUUGGUUGAUGCAAGAGAUAAUUGCAUUUUAUUAUAUGGUUUUUUUGUGUACUGUACUUAAUUGCUAGUAAUUUUACCAAGAGAAUGUAUUGCCACUGUAUUGCUUACUCAUCGGGAUAUAUGUUUCAAGAUGAAUAAAAAUUAAAUAAAUAAUUACAGGAUGGAUCAAGUUAGUAUGUAAGGAAAUGUGCAACAAGAAAUGAAAGCAGAUUUUACUGCUAAUAUUGCUACAUUUGAAGCACUUUAAUGUGGAAGAAUAAAAGAAUGGCUUUCUGCUUUGUAUACAGUCUUACACCAUAGCACAGCAAAGGACGUUUACAGUCAGAAUAAUGACUAAAUUUCCAGUUCUGCAUUCUACGGUGUACCCGAGAAUUUUAAUAAAAGAAAAUGAUUGGUUAGCAGGGAAGGAUAGGUAAUGUUUCACUUUUGCUGAAAAUGAUUAUUUACUGCUUACCAUUUUUUCAAGUGGAUUGACAAGGUUACGGUGUCACAUUUCUGAAUCUUCAAAGGGAUCUCCCAUAGAAUUUAUUUUUUAUGAGUUGAAAUUCAGGGUAAUGUUAAUAAGUUGGUGAGAGACCAGAGAAUACAGAUGAAAUUUAAAUGACAGAAAAAAGUGCAUCUAGGGACUAAGGGAUGCUGCAAGAAACCUUACAGAGUAGUACUGUCUACAUUAUACCAAGAGAUAAUGUAAGUUGCACCCCAUAGUAUCAGUUUAGGAUUGGUUGCUGAUUUCAGAGGGUCUUUCUGUAUUUAAUCAUAUAUACUAUUCCUACGAGUAGGAUGUAGAAUGCACUUUUGAGCCCAUCUGUUUCAAUGGCAUUUUUUACAUUUUUAGUAAGUAAUGGGGCUCUCUCUCUCUCUCUCAUGAGGAAUUUAAUAUUUCAUUGCUUUGGGCUGCUUUAUGAACAGAACCCUCAGCUAGUACAAGGCUUUCUUAAUCUAUAACAACAAGACUUCUCUCAUAUGUAUUUGGAUGACUCAAAUUUCAGCUAAAGUCGCAACAUAGUCAUAUAAGAUACAUAGAGGAUUGUAUUUAUUGAAUACAAAAAUUAAUUUGAAGUGUGUAUUAAUAUGAAUAGUGUUUUACUAAAUGUAAGGUCUGUAAUGUUUAGUAGCAUGGGUAGUGUAUUUAUAAUGUACUUUAUCAUGUAUGAAUUUUAUAUAUUUGACAAUGCCAUGUAAUUUAAAGUAUAGCGGAUCACACUUAGUCGUUUUUUAAAAUUUCACUGUUUGAUUGAUUAGUAACUCCUUAAAAGUUAGUCAUCUUAGAUAUUUUGAGAGUGGAUUAGCAAAGUAUAUAAUUCCAAUAGGUGUACUUAUAUACUUAUUUUAGUAUCUGAUAAGUACUAACAUAAUCCCACGUGUUAUUAAAUGUUUGGCAUGUUUGUGUUGGAGGUUUGCACUGCUCCAUCUUUCAGUAACUAAAGACUAUCAUUCAUAUCAGAAUUGUAAUGCUGUAUAAGUUCAAAUAUUCAAAGUUUUAUAAACAAAUAAAUGUACAACUUAGCUGCAAGUAGUCCAUGCAACCUUGUAGUUGUUUUGUAUGCAAGUUAACCACUGUAGAAAGGCGAUGUUCUCUAGGUAUUUUUCACAUAAAUUGUAUUUUAAU